UUUUUGUUUUAUUUAUUGAAAAACUUGCUGAAACAACAUUCGUGGUUACUUCGAUUAAGUUCAAGAAUCUAAAACGAUUUUUCUUCCUCCUUCGACUUAAUUAGUUAGAUCAAAUUUAUAGCUGAAUAAAGAAAACAAACACAAAACGAAAACAGAAGUCGUGCUUCAUAUGGCUGAGAAAAUAACUUUCUCAGAAUAUCCAAAAAGAAAUUGCCUUACUUUUGCCAAAAAUAAGACUAAAUUAACGUUGAACACAAAAGAAAUUUUCCUUGUUCCGUUCGACAGCAUCAGACUUUCCCAGAAAAUAUUCGAUGACGGAUGGAAACGUAAAACAAACCAAAAAAAUGGAAAGUCAAAUGAAAAUGUUAGAAUAUAAUGAAAGACGAAAAUCCUGGUUGAAUAAACUUUAUAUUAAUAACGUAGGUAAAUUAAUGAAGGUUGAGUGAAGUAAAAAAAACAAAGGAAUUAAAAAUAAUUUAAUUGCGUUUCAAAUCAAUAUCCGUUGAGUAUGUAAACAGUUUAUAAAGCAUGAUGUGAAUAUGUUUAUGAUUUUGUUAACUUUGCAUGCAAAUGUUUUUAAACAGUAAACUUUACUAACUUUUAAUGCGUAUAGAAAAUCUG